AUGGAGCGGCUGAGCUUGCCUCCGGGCGGCGCGGCGGCGGUGGACGAAUACCUGGAGUACCGCAGAAUUGUUGGUGAGGACGAUGGAGGGAAACUUUUUACUCCUGAAGAAUAUGAAGAAUACAAAAGAAAAGUUUUACCUACGCGCUUACAAAACAGAUUAUUUGUGAGCUGGCGGUCACCAACUGGAAUGGAUUGUAAACUUGUGGGCCCAGAGACACUGUGUUUUUGUACACAUAGACUAUUAGAACUCAUCAUAGAGUCUAUCAUGUUAAGCAACUCUUAUCUUGCCAUUGGUUCCAAGUGUUCAGGAUUCCAUAGCUGCUUCACUUGUGCUUGUGGUCAGCCUGCAUAUGCCCAUGACACAGUAGUGGAAACUAAGCACGAAAGAUUGGCUCAGGGAAAACCAGUGGGACGAGAUGUUCCGUACGCAGCAAUGGGAGGAUUAAGUGGUUUCAGCUCACUGGCAGAAGGCUACAUGCGAUUAGAUGACAGUGGCAUCGGUGCACCUUCAGUUGAACUUUUAGAAUCUCCAGUUACAGCCAUGGACCACCCAUUUCUAAAAGCAUUUCAAGCACCAUCUAUUUCUUCUCCAGAAAUACUAACAGAUGCAGGUACAAGUAGUCAAGUUUUUUCCUUAAGGAGACCUGAAGAAGAUGAUACGGCUUUCUUUGAAAGACGAUACCAGGAGAGGGAAAGACCAAGAAACCUCACGUCGCCGUCUUACGUCAUUGCUCGAAGCUUUGAAGAACCACCUGUCAUUGGCCGGCAGGCGUGGAGAACCCACCCUUCCCAUAAAUCCCCAGCGCGCAGCCUCAGUGCUCUGCUCCCUGCAUGA